GCAAUCCAAAGUGGAAUUUUAUCAUGGGUUAUUUGGAUGAUCUUUUUCAAGUCCCUAGCCCCCAAAGCCUCUGCUCACUGGACAGAGUGCCACUUGGGCUCUUUAUGCUAUGGGAAAGCGAACGGACUGAAAAUAAAGCAGCCAUAUCUCUUGGCUCCUCUCUACUCCCCACCGUGUUUCCACAGCUCUGAGCCAGAGACUGCCUGCGAACAACAAAAGCGUGAUGAAGGCAACAGGAGUCAGAACGCUAUUCAUAGCAGGAAACCCCAGCAUCCGGUGAGAAAUAAGAAGUACGGGAGCACAGGAUGCGCCCUGGGUCAGGAGGACGUGAAAAGCCUCGAGUCUUUGUAACCUUCUCUAUGCCAGAGCUGUGGUAGUGUGACAGCGGCAGUGCAGCCCUCAGCUCCUUUCAGAGCACAGUCUGGUGCCAAGCUCCAGGUUCCCGUGGCUGCUGCUGUCACUGUGGGGGAGUCUAGCCUCUCCCAGAAGGAGACAUACAGAAGAAUGGUCACCUCAAAUGGUUUGCUCCUGCUGCUGGGGCUUCUCGGCCAGCUCUGUGCAGGGGCUGCUGCUGAUUCAGAGGCUGUGGUGUGCGAAGGAACUGCCUGCUAUACAGCCCACUGGGGCAAGCUGAGUGCCGCGGAAGCCCAGCAUCGCUGUAAUGAGAACGGAGGCAAUCUUGCCACUGUGAAGAGCGAGGAGGAGGCCCGGCAUGUCCAGGAAGCUCUGGUUCAGCUUCUGAAGACCACGGCACCCUCGAAAGCAAAGCCGGGCAAAUUCUGGAUCGGGCUCCAGCGAGAGAAGGGCAAGUGUACGUAUCAUGAUUUGCCAAUGAAGGGCUUCAGCUGGGUUGGUGGUGGAGAGGACACAACUUAUUCAAACUGGUACAAAGCGAGCAAGAGCUCCUGUAUCUCUAAACGCUGUGUGUCCCUGAUACUGGAUCUGUCCUUGAUACAUCACCCCAGCCAUCUGCCUAAGUGGUAUGAUGGUCCCUGUGGGACUCCCGAUGCUCCAGGCAGCAGCAUUGAAGGCUUCCUGUGCAAGUUCAACUUCAAAGGCAUGUGCAGUCCACUGGCGCUGGGUGGACCAGGGCAGCUGACCUAUACCACCCCUUUCCAGGCCACCACCUCCUCUCUGAAGGCCGUGCCGUUUGCCUCUGUUGCCAAUGUAGCUUGUGGGGAUGAAGCUGAGAGUAAGACCAAUUAUUACCUAUGCAAGGAAACGACUGCAGGAGUAUUCCAUUGGGGUAGCUCAGGCCCUCUCUGUGUCAGCCCCAAGUUUGGUUGCAGUUUCAACAAUGGGGGCUGCCAGCAGGAUUGCUUCGAAGGUGGGGAUGGCUCCUUCCGCUGUGGCUGCCGGCCUGGAUUCCGGCUGCUGGAUGACCUAGUAACUUGUGCCUCCAGGAACCCCUGCAGUUCAAACCCAUGCACAGGAGGCGGCAUGUGUCAUUCUGUGCCACUAAGCGAAAACUACACAUGCCAUUGUCCCAGAGGCUACCAGCUGGACUCUAGCCAAGUGCACUGUGUGGAUAUAGAUGAGUGCCAGGAUUCCCCCUGUGACCAGGAAUGUAUCAACACUCCAGGGGGCUUCCAUUGUGAAUGUUGGGUGGGCUACCAAUCCAGUGGUUCCAAGGAGGAGGCCUGUGAGGAUGUGGAUGAGUGUGCCGCUGCCUACUCACCCUGUGCCCAGAGCUGCACUAACACUGAUGGCUCUUUCUACUGCUCCUGUAAAGAGGGAUAUAUCAUGUCUGGGGAAGACAGUACCCAGUGUGAGGAUAUAGAUGAGUGUUUGGGCAAUCCAUGUGAUACCCUGUGUAUCAACACAGAUGGUUCCUUCAGGUGUGGCUGCCCAGCAGGUUUUGAGCUGGCUCCCAAUGGGGUCUCUUGUACCAGGGGCACUGUGUUUUCAGAGUUACCAGCCAGGCCUCCCCAAAAGGAAGACAAAGGUGACGGAAAGGAGAGUACUGUGCCUCUUACUGAAAUGCCUGGUUCUCUCAAUGGCUCUAAGGAUGUCUCCAACAGAGCACAGACCACAGAUCUCUCCAUUCAAUCGGAUAGUUCCACUGCCUCUGUUCCACUAGAAAUAGAAGUCUCUAGUGAGGCAUCUGAUGUCUGGUUAGAUUUGGGCACAUACCUCCCCACGACCUCUGGCCACAGCCAGCCGACUCAUGAAGAUUCUGUGCCUGCACACGGUGACAGUGACACCGAUGGGCAGAAGCUGCUUCUGUUUUACAUCCUGGGUACGGUGGUGGCCAUCUCACUCUUGCUGGCUCUGGCCCUUGGGCUUCUCAUUUAUCUUAAACGGAAAGCCAAGAAAGAGGAGAUCAAAGAGAAGAAGGCCCAGAAUGCAGCUGACAGCUAUUCCUGGAUUCCAGAGCGAGCAGAGAGCCGAGCCCCAGAGAAUCAGUACAGCCCAACACCUGGGACGGACUGCUGAAGACAACGUGGCUUUAGAAACAUAGUCAGCUGCCACUACCUUCAGAGUUACCUUCUUAGAUGAGGGAGAAGCCACAUCACUCUGAAAGACUGGACUGGACUCUCAGCAAUAAUUGGGCACCUUCCCCUUUAAGAACCUGGUGACUUGGGUUGGGCAGGUAUUUUCCUAGUGCCUUUGAUAUGCCUGGGGAGAUAAAAUGACCAUUGUGGGGAGUUUUGGGGAUAUUGACAGGCCUCACUCACACACCCUUUUCAAAUCCAAAAGCAACUGGUUCCUCUGGUUGCCAAUCAGGGCGUAGGAAGUCAGAGGGGGUGGGGUAGGGUGGGGGGAGGGGGCUUCAAAGUCUUUUCUUAUGUAUUGAUUUAUCAGAGAAGGAGCUACUGGUGCUAAUUACGAUGGAAACAAUUCCUUUCCUUCACAGGCUAGAAAGCAAAACCAAUUAACUAAUAACCUGGUAAGACUGCUCUACCCUUCCUACAGGGACUUUUUCAGGAUGGCUGUCUUGGUGUACAUUUGCCUUCUGGCAUUUCCCCUCCAUCCCGCUUGCUCGGUAUUGUUGGAACUGUCAGAAUGAAAGGAAGUUCAACCAACUGCUCAGGGAGCAAGCAGGCAGGAAGUUUAGACCUUGUAUCCCCUCGCUCUUUCUGAUAGACUUGAGCUUAUGGGCAAACAAGUUGGAAAGUUGCUUCAAGUGAGUGAGGUCUUGGUAAAAGCAUUGUCUAGAGGGAGGCAGGCAGGAAUUGAUUUAACAGAUAUUUGAACAAAAAAAUCUGAAUGGACUGAUGCUAGCACAUACUCGACUAUUGAGGAACAAUAACAAAACCCCAAGAUCAAUUUGUCUUUGAGCUUGCACGGGCCCUGACUCCACUGCAGGGCACCCUCUCCCUUUAUACCAUCCCUACCAGGGAAGCUGGGUCAGCAGGCUCAGAAAGCCUCAGGAUGCUUUCAUUCUGAAUGAAGGAAAGGAUGUGUGAGCCCGGUGAUGGGCUGUUUUAAAUACUCCCAUUUCAAUGAAGCUUAGCCCACUUCAUGGUUAAAAGUAGAGCUAGAGGACUUGAACCCUAUUUUGUGGAUGCGACACAGAGUGAAUCAAGGAUUAGUCAUGAAGGAGGUUCUCUCUUUUUUUUUUUUUUUUUUGCUUAAAAGGGAGAUACAGGGGGGGGGGAAAGGGGAAGAGGGAACAGCUAAAAAAUUUCCAACCGUUAAAACGGCUUAGAGCCACCUUAUGAUUGACAUGUUUAUUUCAAAGGGUUCAUAUGCAAAAGUGUCCCUUAAACUUGCUGCAGGUAAUGCUGUUCCAGCUGCACAGGGCUGUCUGGGGCCUGGAAGGCUGCCCUGGUGAGUCACUUCAGUAUCUCAGGGAGGCCUCGUCUCAGCUGCCUGUGCUGUUUGAAAUACUGAGACAAGGAAUGUGUCUCCACCACGAGAUUUUUGUUCUCAGACUAGAGUGUCCUUUUGUUACUAGUGUCAAAAGCAACCACCCUUCAAGUUGAUAGCCAGAAAGUGACGAUUAAUAGCAACCAGACUCAAGGCCUUUGAAAUAUCUUAGAGAACUAUAUUACAGAAGUGUCUUUCUUUUUUUUCUUUGUCAAUUUAAAAUGGAGAUACUUUCAUUAGUCAGACUUUCUUUCUCUCUUUGAAAACCCAGCGUGGAGAGCAAUGGGGAACCGAUUGAGCUCAGUGGGUGCCUGAAAUGUGUGCAUUUAAUAGUCAACUUACUGUCUGGCUUUCAGUUGAAAUUUGAACAUUUGGAACAGGAUCUCUGGCAAUAACUGAGAUUGGCCACGAGUCCAUUACAAGGAGACAUGAAUUUAGAUCCAUGGCAGUAUCUGCAUAUACGGACGUGAACCUAAAUGCGUCACUUUUACCUCCAGGCCUUCAACUGCUCACCUUUAGGGCUUGAGAUGAGGAAGGUAACUGAGUCUAGGCUCCCCACAGCCUUGCUUGGUCUAUACUCAGGCUGCUGUGUAGGACUUAAACUGACCAAAGUAACUUAGAAGGUAGACAUGAAGCUCCAACUCCAACACUCUCUGGGGUACAGGAUCCUCUCUGUGGAACCCACAACAGAGAAGGGAAUGAUGAGGAACAUAUUUUCUCAAAGUGUGCUUUCAGCAUGAGCCCUUCCCAUGGAGGCUGGGCUCUCUCGUCUACUGACCUGCCAAAGCCUUCAGCAGGACCAUACCUCAUGUGGCAAAGCCAAUGGAGCCAGUCGCUGUUCCUAAAUGGGUGCUUUAUUCUCCCUAUAUUCUUGCUGUCCUCAUGCUUGAACCUGGUAAAUUCUGGGUUAGGGUAUCUAAGAGGCCAAGCAAUAAAUAAUUGAUCUUCCACUGGACCAAGGGUGUUAGGGUAGGCCUUCUCUACCCAAGAAACCAGUGAACAGAGACAGAAUACUCCCCUGCCUCUGAUGAGCAUAGCUUUAGGCCUUCAGCCUUCUCCUUACUCAAUUGCAGGUGGCCAUCAUUGCCUUUUGUAUUUUAUAUGGUUAUGGUGAUGGAAGCCAGCUAUAAGUAUGUUAGACACGAGCUUUCCAGGACCCCUAUACUACUAGUACCUCGCAUUAUCUUUGUUCAUUAUUAAAGAUAAAUGAAACAAUACACCCCCACUAACUUGAGGAGUUAAAAA